AUGGUACUACUGGAGAUAUUGCUGCUGGUCUUCUGCAAUUCCGCCUCGACCAAGCAUAGAUCGUAUGGCAGUCUUGAUGACGAAGCACAGAAAUUCGUCAAGAUGUUCAUUCCGACGAAUCAUCUUCAAAUGUUCACCGAGGCACUCGGAUCCCAAGAAAACAAAGAAGAAUGGCGUUUGGAACGUGCGUACAAGGAAUAUGAAGAUUAUUUGAACGAUCCACAUAAAAUCCACCAUCUCGAAAAAAAAGUUACUUGUAUACGGCCUGUAAUUCACAAGCAUGUCUUUGGAUAUAUGGAAAGUGAGAAUUUCGUGAAGGACGUCCGAAGCUUGUGCCUAAGAAGCUGGGGUAUUCCUGAAACUGAGAAGUUGGUAGCCGGACUAUUAGGAAUCGUGAACUCAGACAACGAAAGAUUUGACGACAUUAUCGAGAACAAAAAAUACUGCGAAUUCCACCGAGAAGUUUUAUUCCAAAAUGAGAUGACAAUCCAUCAACUGAUUCCACUUAUUGUUGAGUUCUGCGAGAAAAACGUUUUCAUCUACAAAGGAGUUUCGAUGCAAGUUGUGCCGUAUCCUCGCAGUUUCUUGGAAUCUAAUGUAAUCUGGGCAGAUGUAAGACAUGAAUGCGAAGCCAGAUUCUUCGGAUUGUUCGAUGCCCCCGGGCCAAUAAAUGAGCGAAUCAGAAGAAACCAGGCCGAAUGGAAAAAUUACGGAACAAUACUCCCCAUGUGCCGCCGACUCCUCGAACUCGAAGAAAUUGAGAAAAAACGACAUCCCAUGGAUCUGACCUUGCAAAAUAUCCAGAUGUAUUUCAACGGAAAACUGAAAAAUGAAACUCUAUGGGACGAAUUGACGGAAGCUGCGAGAAAUGGAGAUGUGAAGGAAUUUUUCGAAGCGCUGCAAACAAUGGUAUACACUGCUUCGGCUGAAGAUUCGAAUGCCAUCGUUGGUUUCGCUAGCAGCACCAGAGAAAAAUGCCAUAGAACCUUGGACGUUGCUCUAAAAAAUCGCCAAGUGAAUGAAUACGCUAUCAAAAGAAUUGAAAAGGACGAUGACGUGAUUAAAAAAUCGGAGAUGGUCUCUGAUAAACAAUGCCUUUCCAAAAAAUAUCACCGGGCUUUGGUAUUGACUUUCGAGCAAGCGCGAUCGGAAACCCUAAAAUCGUUUGAGCCGAUUUGCCAUUUGGCUGAAGAGAUACAUUGCCUUUCGGUGAAGGACCUAAUGUCGAAGAUGAACAAUCUGAUGCCGAUCAAAAAAAUGUACAAGAAGUACGAAAAUGAUAUCACCAACUUUGACGAUUACUACUAA